AUGACCUCCCCGGCGGCGCUGCUGCUGCUGUUUCAGCUGCUUCUCGUCGGCCUGUUUAUGUGUUCGGAGGUCGGGGGCGGCGGUUCAGCGCUCCCGGCCGCGAGCGAACGCCCCCACUCCCGCGUACCGCCGCCGCCGCCGCCGCAGCCGCCAACGACUGAGCGGCUGGAAACUCGGGCCGAACUAAGAGGUUUAGGCGCCGGACAAAAUGAGAACUUCUCGGCACAUCUGAAAGACUCGACCAGUCGCGGCCCCGGGGUGGAACCCGCGUCCGACCCAAUCAGAGGGACCUCCAGGCGCCGUCCUUCAAAUCAGAGACACCCCAGCGUCCCCCGCCACGGCGGAAGGGGCCGCCAGGGGCAACCUAGGUCGCGAGGCCGCAGGAGCUGGAUCUGGAACCAGUUCUUCGUGAUUGAGGAGUACAGCGGGCCGGAGCCAGUGCUGAUCGGGCGGCUUCACUCAAGUGUGGACAAGGGUGAUGGCAGCACUAAGUAUACUCUGAAAGGGGAAGGGGCCGGGUCGGUGUUUGUGAUUGACGGGCGCACGGGCAACAUUCAUGUCACGAAGCCGCUGGAUCGCGAGGAGAAGGACCAGUAUCGACUCAUCGCGACGGCGACUGACCAUCAGACCGGACGCGCCCUGGAGCCGUCCUCGCAGUUCAUCAUCCGCGUGCAGGACAUCAACGACAACCCGCCCUUGUUUCUGGACGGGCCAUACAGUACCACUGUACCGGAGAUGGCCAAUAUCGGUACGUCCGUAAUCCAGGUGACGGCGACAGAUGCAGAUGACCCCACGUACGGGAACAGCGCUAAGCUGGUGUACACGCUCGUUCACGGCCACGAGUAUUUCUCGGUGGAUCCGCAGACAGGUAUCAUCCGCACCGCUGUGCCGGAGAUGGACAGGGAGACGCAAGACCAGUAUCACGUCGUCCUCCAGGCCCGAGACAUGGGGGGCCACCAGGGGGGGUUGACGGGCACCACCACCGUCACCGUCUAUCUGAGCGAUGUCAACGACAACCCUCCGCGCUUCGCUCACAGUGUGUGGUCAUUCUCGGUGUCAGAGCUGGCCAUGCCAGGGGUGGAGGUCGGCCAUCUCUCAGCGACAGAUGCUGAUCUGGAGGAGAAUGCCAAGCUGGAAUAUUCCAUUGUGGACGGCGAUGGAGGGGACACGUUCAACAUCAGUGGACUAAACCAAGAGGCUGUCAUCAUACUAAACAAGGCAGUGGAUUAUGAGCGGCGAAGCUCCUACUCUCUCACCGUCGAGGUCCAGAACCCCACGGUGGACGCUCGCUUCCUGCGGAAGGGCCCGUUCAAGGACCGCGCCAUCGUCCAGGUGACCGUGCUGAACGCAGACGAGCCGCCGCGCUUCUCGCGAUCGCGCUACCGGCUGGACGUGACGGAGAACUGCCCUCCGGCCUGCGCUGUGGGCCGCGUAGCCGCCGUGGACCUUGAUUUUCCAAUUUCGUUCCCACCUCUUAGGUAUUCCAUUGACCCCGAGUCCGACCCUGAGGCCCUCUUCCGCAUCGCCCCGGAUCAUGGCCUCAUCACCACGACAAUGGAGCUGGAUAGGGAGAGAGAGCACUGGCACAACAUCACAGUCAUAGCAACGCAGAGAGACAACCCCAGCCAGGUGACCAGAGUCGGCGUCGCCAUCGAGACGCUGGACCUGAAUGACAACGCCCCGGAGUUGGACCGGCAGUACUCUGCAGCAGUGUGUGACUCCAGCAGCCCUGGACAGGUAGUGCAGGUGCUGCACGCCGUAGAUAAAGACCAAGGCGGUAGUGACUCACCAGUGCACUUCAGCAUUCCCUCUGGAUCCAGCACGGCGCUCAACUUCAGCAUCAGAGAGAGGGGAGGUCCUGUAGCCAAUCUGGUGCUCCUGACGGCCCUAAAGCCCCUCCCCAGCUCCUCCUCUUCCUCCUCCUCCUCUUCCUCCUCCUCCUCCUCCUCCUCUUCGUCCUCCUCCUUGCACACCCUGAGGGUCCCGGUGGUCACGCAGGACGGGACGUCCGACCUGAGCAGCACGUCCACGGUGACGGUGGUGGUGUGCCCGUGCCUGAGCGGCGGCAUGUGGGUGGAGGAGAAGAGGCGGCACGCCCGGAGCGGCGGCGAGCUGAAGCCCCGGCCGCUGGUGCCCGCCGCCGCCGCCGCCGCCGCCGGCGAGUGGGAGCGCCAGACGGUGUGCGUGCCCGUGCCCUCCGCCGCGCCGCUGCUGGGCUUCAGCUCGGCCGCCAUGCUGGCCAUCCUGGGCUGCGCCACCACGCUCCUGGUGGUGGCAGCUCUCGCUUUGUCCCUGCGCCGGCAGAAGAGGGACGUCCUCUCGACCACCGAGGAGGACGAGAUUCACGAGAACAUCAUCACCUACGACGACGAGGGGGGAGGGGAGGCCGACACGGCCGCCUUCGACAUCCUGGCACUGAAGAGCGCUCCCCACAGCGCGCUCAAGGGCCAUCGGCUCCUGGACAGCAGGAACAUGUACUCGCAGCACAACCUGGACAGAACCUACAGCUGGAGCCAGAACACGGGAAUGGACCCUCGGCGUCCCGGCUCGGCCCCGAUGUACGGUCGCUUCUGCUACAGCAUCCACACCCUGCCCGUCAUGAAGAACAGCAUGGGGCCGUUCAACACGGGCCUCGACUUGGCCAAGUUGCCUUACGGUCUCGCCAGCAACCAGACCGAUCAAACGCUGGUCAUCCAGACCCAGGGCAACUACGGCCCGAUGGACCCUGGCUCCCUCUGCGCCCGACCAGCGGCUCCUAGCAGCAUGGACGGGUCAGAACACAAGGCGGCGGAGGGGUCCACCGACAGCAAUCUCAAAGAGAGCGAAGGAGGAAGUGAAGCCACCUCUGAUAGCCAGAUAAUCCACCAGGAUCAGCUCUCGGAUCAGACUCUGAUUCUGACGAGCUCCAGCCAGAACGGCUCUUGCCUAGAGAACAACAGCAUUUCCUCCCUGAGCCAGCCGGAGGCGUCUCCCCAGUGCAUAGACACGACGACGUCCAGCGCUCCCCUGCCUUCGGCACCGCCGCCGCCGCCGUCUACGGCCACCAACGCGCCGCCGUCCGCGAAGGCCGCGGGCUCCGACCCACAACACACGGACAAUCUCAUCCACACCAACGUCACCCAGAACUCUGUCCAGCUCGAGAAGCACCAUCGGACAAUGGAGGGAACCCUGUACAGAGGCGCAGGCAUCCCCGCCGCCAGCACCCCGGCAUAUACGGAGAAAGUGGGCAUGCUGAGCGUGUUUGCUGUAGGGGGCAGGGACUACGCCCCGCAGGUAAUGGUGCCCUUCCCUGGUGGCAUGUUAGGGUACGCAGGAGGGUGGGGCUUGGGAAGGGGCAUGCCCGCCGCCAGGGGUGGCGCCAACACUAGCUCGGAUUUGACCAAUAGGAUGGGAGAUUUCCUCCAGCACCGCUUGGCUCAGGUAACCUUUGACCCCUUACAGCCGCCCUACGACUCGGUGCAGACGUACGGCCUGGAGGGGAGCGGCUCGCAAGCCGGCUCGCUGAGCUCUCUAGAGAGCGAGGGAGACAGGGAGCUGGAGUCCGCCGGCAGCAUAGAGGAGUGGGGGCCCAAGUUCGACAGGCUGGUGUCCAUUUACAAAGAGAGGGAACAAGAAAAGGAGGAGGCGAAAAGAGGGAGAGAAAACGGAGAGGUGAAAGAGGAGGUGUCCGAGAGAGGCGAAACGGAAGAUCCGGAGGGAAAGGGACUUAAUGACAAACCAAAGGUGGAGCAGACAGUCACAGGGGUGCAAAUGGAAGAUGAUAAAGGUGAGGGGAUAGAACUUUAAAGGCAAGGAAGAAA